AAUUUAAUGUUAAAAAGGCCAGGGCACACAAACCGAAACUCAACUCCCUCAUCCUUUUCUCUUCCCUCUCCAAUCCACGAUGAGGCUUCAACCGCACUUCGCGGUGGCCGUGGCGGCGUUUGUGGCGACCGCUUGGGCGGUGCACAUGCACAGCGGCGUUUGGAAGUCGGGGGAAGACGUGGAAGGCAUGCAGGAUUGGCAGUACGAAGGUGUUCCGAUUGACGGCGGCGUUGGACCGGAGAGUUUCGCCUUCGAUCCCCGCGGCGAAGGGCCUUACACGGGCAUUUCCGACGGUCGAAUCAUCAAAUGGCAGCGCUCCGAGAAUCGUUGGCUCAACUUUUCCGUUACUUCCUUGCAAAGGAAUGAAGAGUGUGGAGGAGCAUACGAGGAGCAUCCGAAGAAAGAGCACGUGUGUGGGCGACCACUUGGGUUGUGCUUUAGCAAGCUAUCCAAUGAACUUUACAUUGCAGAUGCUUACAAUGGAUUAGUUGUUGUUGGCCCCAAUGGUGGCACUCCAUCACGACUCAUAUCAACUCUACAAGAAGAAGAUGAGGAAGAUGAACCCUUGGCUUUCACAAAUGGUUUGGAUGUUGAUCAACGGACUGGAGCAGUCUACUUCACCACCAGUAGUUCUAAAUAUCAAAGGAGGAAUUACAUCUCUUUGAUCUUGAGCAAAGAUAAAUCGGGGAAGCUAAUGAAAUAUGAACCAGAAAGUGAACGACUUAGCAUUAUUCUAAACAAUCUCUCGUUUGCAAAUGGUGUAGCAUUAAGCAAAGAUAGUGACUACAUUCUAAUAAUAGAGACAACAACAUGCAGAGUAUUAAGGUAUUGGCUAGAAACACCAAAAGCUGGAACAUUGGAAGUGUUUGCUCAAGUACCAGGUUUCCCAGACAACAUCAAACGAAGUCCAAGAGGGGGGUUUUGGGUGGGAAUUUACUCGAGAAGAGAAAAAUUUAUCCAAUGGAUUUUAUCAUAUCCAUGGAUUGGAAAAGUUUUGCUUGCACUUCCUUUGGACAUUACAAAAGCUUAUUCAUAUUUGGCUAAGCUUAAAAGAAGUAGUGGAAUGGCAAUUAGGCUAAGUGAGGAUGGAGAUAUAUUAGAAGUUGUUGAAGACAAAAAAUGGAACAAAGGGAGGUCUAUUAGUGAAGUGGAGGAAAAAGAUGGAAUAUUAUGGGUUGGAUCCAUUGAUGCACCUUUUGUUGCUAAGUAUAAUAUUCAUAUGACAAAAGAACAAGUAAAAGGGAUUUGAAGAUAUAAUUUUGCUGUUUUCCAUUAUGUUGUUUUAGAUUUCUGAAUUGAAAUAUCAAUGUUUCAAUCCUUGCACAAAA